GUCAUGGAAAAGGGUAACGGGUGGUCAUGAUAAGGAUAACCAACAAGCAUAUUCAGUGAUACCAUUCUUCUUCGAGCAAGUGUCCCGGUUUUUGGUCCGCCUAAAAGUAAAAAGCGUAGUGCCGUUCUUUUUAUUCCGCACAGAAAAAAGCGAUAGCCUUUACAACCCGAAUUACGGGUGCAAAAACAUAAAGUUUGUAAACGAUCAUCCAUAAUAUUGCCAUGAUGGCGAAGUCUCCUUCUCCAACUCAGACCGUGUCCGCAGUUGAUCAACAACUCUGUGUGACCUCCGGAGCAGGACGUCUGCCGACGCCGAAAAUUUGGAGUCGUUGGACGGUCGAAAAUGACGAUCCAAGCAGUGGCCCGUCGGCGGCGACUACUUUCACGCUGCGCAACGCUGUGGUGCCCGAUCUCGAGGAGGUUCAUAAGAUGAUUUAUGAACUAGCUGUCUACGAAAAAGAGGAGGACCAGAUGAAGCUCCCGCUGGAGCAAUUCAUCCGAGACUCGGGGCUGCCCGGAAGCGGAAACGUAGAUCGCGAAGACGGCAGCGGGCCGCAGCGGUACCAAUGUCUGGUGCUGUCUGCGCAGCAAGCGGACGUUGAACCAUCAUCACGCGCAAUAAAUACCGAGCAGCAGAGCGAAGCAGUAACAAAGGAGAAAAUUGUGGGCUACGCGCUCUACUUUUUCACCUAUUCCACCUGGGAGGGGCGAGCUUUCUACCUGGAGGAUUUGUACGUGCGCCCCGAGGUGCGGAAGGGGGGCCUGGGGACGAAGAUGGUUUACUGUCUCGCGAAGAUUGCCGCGGUGGAAAAUUGCUGCCGCCUGCAGUGGCAGUGUAUCGAUUGGAACACAAGCAGUUUGGAGUUUUACUACAAGAAGCUCAAGGCCGAAGAGCGCACGGAAACCAACGACGCCAAGUGGGUCAACAUCUGGCUCAAGCGGGCGCGGAUUCUCGAAAUGGCAGCGGAAUUUGACGGGGAGUGAUGUUGAAGGCCCAGCGCUGAAGCUGCUGUCAAAAACUGGCUUUACUUUGCUCGUCCGGUCGUUGCCGUAGGCGUACGAGAAGAAGAUGCCUAUGCAGCCAAGACGCGCGCACCAUUCUGAAGUUUUGCAGCACCGAGAUUGUAAUCGUGAAGAAUUUGAAGAACAACAUGAACAACAACAAACGUCGCAGACCUCAAUGACAGAUCGAGGGGUAGAGAAGUCCCUGCGCUAGUCUAAUACUGCACAUCAUUUUGACUCCGCGCUCAUACCUCAAUAAACGCAAACACCCAAAGGCAGCUAAGUACCCCUGCCGUCAUCGGAAGCAAAGAUCGCACGGAAAUAUCAUACAGACAUAACCCGCAACCGGCAUCUAGCUCUGCCCUUAUUGAAUGGAAACACAUCAGAAGAAUACGCGUGAACGGCUCAAACUACAACAGGAAAGAGAUUUUUUCACAGAAUGGCGAUCGACAUUCAUGCUUGC